UAUUUUCCUCUCUUUGUGGAGAAAUCACUGGUCUCCCAACCCGGAUGCUGUGCCACAACUAUCGAUAAUUUCGCCCAGUGCGCAGCGCUGUAGGCAGAGCAAGGGGGCGGAAAUAUUUCAGUACCCUUGAAGCGGACAGCUCUCCCCGGAUCCACACGCUUCUGACCGCCGGGCUCCACAUCCGAGCCUGCAGGGCGGGCAGGAUCAUAAUCAUACCCAGGAUACAGGAAGGUGCAGCGGCCACAUUAGAGCCAAACACCCCCCUCCUGCUCCUGCAAGAUCGUGACCACUUGCACGCCGCUGGAGCCGUAGUGGAAAGGGUGAGAAGGAGGGAGGAAGGAAGAGACAAGGGGGGAGCAGAGCAUCACUACAGAGAGAGAUGGCGGAGUGCGGGCGGAAGGCGCUGUCUCUCCUGGAAGCGGCCCGCUCCCGGUACGAGAGCCUGCAGAUAUCCGACGACGUGUUCGGCGAGUCCGGGGAUGACAGUAGCGACAAUCCCUUCUACAGCACCUCCGGAGACUCCGACUCCGACAACUACAUAGCCGAGGUAGGCGAGGAGGACCAGCAGCAGCAGCACCACCACCAAAAGAGGGGGGAUAAGGAGAGCCGCGGGGGAGCAGGAGGUGGUGGCAGCGGAGCCGGUCCCCCGGGCUCCCUGUCCCGGAGUCAGGCUGAGGAGGAGGGCUGGACGGAGACUCUGCAGGAUGUCACGGUGCCGCCGUUCAAAGAGACAUAUGGCCCCGCUCAGAAGAUGCCAGCCACUGCCACAGCUCUGGACUUCUUCCAGCUCUUCGUCCCGGACAACUGCAUCCAAAACAUGGUCACCCAGACUAACAUGUACGCCAAGAAGUUCCAGGAGCGCUUUGGCUCAGACGAAGGCUGGCGUCCAGUCACAGCCCAGGAGAUGAAGGCCUUCCUGGGUUUCGUCACCUCCACCAGCGUGCACCGCUGUGAGUCAGUGCUCAGCAUCUGGAGCUCGGGCUUCUUCAGCAACCGGAGCAUCGCCUUGAAGAUGAGCCAGGCGCGCUUUGAGAAGAUCCUCAAGUACUUCCACAUCGUGGCUUUCCGGCCGUCACAGGGAAGCAACCAGGGCCUGUACAAGAUCCAGCCCUUCCUGGACUCGCUGCAGCAGUCGUUCAGCUGCACCUUCAGACCUUCACAGACACAGGUUCUUCAUGAGCCGUUGAUAGACGAGGAUCCGGUGUUCAUUACCACCUGCACGGAAAGAGAGCUGAGGAAGAGGAAGAAGAGGAAGUUCAGCCUCUGGGUUCGACAGUGUACCUCGACUGGAUUCAUCUGUCAGAUCUCAGUCCAUCUGAAGGAGGGCACAGACAGUCUGGCCACCUUGAAGAACAAGCCUCAGCUCCACAGCCUUGUGGCCAAGCAGCUCUGCCAGAACAUCUCGGGCAAAAACACCAUCAUCUUCACCGGACCGUCCAUCACGAGCCUCAGCCUCUUCACCGAAUUCAGCAAACAAGAUAUCUACUGCUGCGGUCUGCUGAGCACCAGAAAGAGUGACUGUACAGGCUUACCACAAAGCAUGCUGGUUUGCGGCUCCACGCCAGCGCAACGUGGCCAGUCCCGAGUUAUGAUGAAAGGCAGCAUGUCCCUGAUCAGCUGGUACAACAAGGGACACUUCAGGUUCCUCACUAACGCUUAUUCCCCAACAAAGCAAGGAAUCAUCAUUAAGAGGAAAAGUGGGGAGAUCCCAUGCCCCUUGGCUGUCGAGGCCUUUGCGGCGCAUCUCAGCUACAUCUGCAAAUACGACGACAAGUACAGCAAGUACUUCAUCUUCCAUAAACCCAACAAGACCUGGCAGCAGGUGUUCUGGUUGAGCAUCAGCAUCGCCAUCAACAACGCGUACAUCCUCUACAAGAUGUCUGACGCCUACACAGUCAAACGCUACAGCCGAGCGCAGUUUGGAGAAAGACUGGUCAGAGAGCUGCUGGAUUUAGACGACUGCUCCCCCACACAGUGAGGAGGAGGAGGAGGAUGAGGACAGCAGGAGCGCACAACAAAAACACACACAAACACAAACACAAGCCCCACACCCACACUUACACUUGAUUACGGUUGUACAGACUCUGCAGUCUGUGUCGAUGUGAUAAUACUGAAGCAGUGCCAAGCCGAUGUCUCUCUUCCUCUAGUUGUUUUCUGUGGUACUGUAAAUAGUUAUUAACACACGACUGCACACUACACAAUAGAGAAUCAUGAGCCAUGGGACAGUUCACAUGCCUCAACUGCAACUUUUAACCAUACAGAUUUACUAAGGAUUUGUCAGCAGGAGCUAUUUCACAAGCAGAGAUGCAGGCGGAAACAAUGAAACCGGGAUGAAUUCACCCUUAAAUGAUGUCAAGUCUUAACUCUUGUCAAAGAGCGAAGUUCUCGAUAUGAGCCUGAAUCUCCCGUGUGAGUGUCCAAACGUGUGCUCGUCAGGCGCAAAAGGCUACAUGUAGCUCGAUAUUUACACUCUGCAAAAACACCUGUGACCCUGUAACAAAAGCUUAGUAAACAGGACAAUGGUGUGUCCACACGCUGCAUGCAUAAAGAAACUGGAUCGUGAUGUUCUCUUGUUCGGUGUGAAAAUGAUUUCUGCUCCAGGUGGGUUUUUGAAACUUUUUUUUUUUGUGAGUGUGUAUGUAUUUAGCAAGUGGAACUGCCAUUUGUGUGUGUGACGCUGAGCCUGAGGUACGUACGGCUAUUGUGACCCAGAUGUGUCGUGUUGCUGCAUACUGUGUACUCGCUAGAGGAAGACUGUCAGGUGAUGUAAAGCCACACACAGCAGUGUGCCAUCAGUUCAAAGCUUCUCACUUCUAAAAGAGCCCAGAAAAUAUUAAAAGGAGACUUGCUUUGGGAUUUUUAUUUUUAUGUUUAUUUAUUUAUUUAUUGUAUUUCUCUUAGGCUUGGGUGUUAUCAAGGUAUUAUGGUAUAUCAUGAUAUUUCAAAAUGCCGAUGGUACGAUACAGACGCUCCUGUUUCUAUUAAACUCAUACAGAGAUGCUGUAUCAAGGUGAUGUAGUGCACAGCACACACCACCAGAGGUCAGUCUCUACUGGUGGAACUGGCAGCUGAGCUGAGAAAGAUGGCGACUGCAAGUGGUGGGGUAACGUUGCAGGACUGUAAUCAUUCAUACCAUUUAUUCAUACCACCAAACACAGGUUGAAUAAAUGUCAGGUUUUUUUCUCUUUAAUCUAAGCCGAAUACAGAACUUUUAGAGCACGUUACACACUUUCCCACACCACAGCGGUCAAGAACCUUUUGCUCUCCGGGGUGAAACACCUGACAGCAACAAUGUUGUUCUUACCUUUAUACCGUAAGACUUGAAAUAUCAAUACAGCGCCACCCAGUGUUUAUCCCGGUAAAUACAAUUCAGGUCUGCUGAGUGAAAAGAUACCGUCCAAGCCUUAUUUCUCUAAAACAUAAAUAUUUAUGGCUAAUAGGGACAUUUUUAGUGAAAGUUUUGGGUGGGGAAAGCAUUGUUAGGUUUUAUUUAUUAAGAAUUUAGCACUUAAAAACUCAGCUGAUUUCCUUCAUCAGGACUGUGUGGGUGAGGUUUGAUCAGAUUUGAUUGACAACAUAAAACAACAACCCCACAGUCUACUUAAUCCUAACUUAAACAAUGCUCAAUCCUGAUUGGUGAGCAGUGAGCAGAGCACAGACAAAGACACAAAUACAUACAUUUCCCAUAAUAAAUAAUCUAAAUGGUUCCAAUUUGGCAGAAAAUGUGCUCAUGCAGGUUUACAUCGCUCAUAAUAAGAGGCGGAUGUAAAAAAUAGAUUUUCAGGGUCUUAAAAAGACAAUAAAUGCCAUCAGAUCUGCAGCCUACGUUCGCACCAACACUUCCAAAGGCGGAUAAACUUAUCUCAUUGGUCCCGACUUAUUACUCAUGUAGUUAACUGUGCUUUGCAGGGCACAACAAGUUCAAAAUCUCCUUGAUUGGAUGUUAAGUAAGCCAGUGUUGCUAAGCAACGAGUACAAUCUUGGCGAGUGGGCAGGGGGCUUGAAUAAUAUUGCUUGGCAAGAUUUAGGAACAGGAACUGAAUUGCUGGUGGCUGAUAAGAUGAGAAGAUGUCCCAGAAAUCCAAAAUGUUGCAACAAAUCUUGAUGUUGAUAAAAUUGGUGCCCAAAUCUCAUCAGGAUCUCCAGAGCUGACAUCACUUAGCGAUGACAUGAUUUGACGAUCUAAAAAACCACAGCUACACUAAAUAUUUAUGAGAACAUUUGCAGCUAAUAGUACCUGUGGGUGUUCUUGCUGUUAUAUAUGUCUUUAAAAAAUCCUCUAAUACCUUCUCUGACAUGGAGGCAUGGAUACAUUUGGUUGUAUUCUUGCAGCGGCACAUUUCUUGCCAAGCAACAGCUUUAGACCUGCCACCUCCUGCCCAGCCAAUGAAAGUGUUUAUCUGAUUAAAAUGCACUUACAGUCUCCACACCAUAUGACUACACACACUGCUGUGUGUAGCUUUAACAAGGACUCUACAGUCCACUUUGCUUUGCUUAACAUGUUAUGCAGUCGACAUGUUAUCGUCACGCUGGAAUCACGUAAUGAAGACUUUAAGUGAAAGGUUUUUAUGUGUGCUUGCUCGAUCAGCAUGGUUCGAUGUGUGAAUACGUAUUGCAGUGAGAUGACGGUGUUUACGCUGGCAGAGCAGAGUUGUGGAGGGAUUUUCGCUGGCAGGGCUCAUGCACUUUGUCCCAUCACGGUCUUUGCACUUUGAGGAGAGUUGUAAAGGUAGCAACAUGUUUACUAGAUAAUCCUUUUAGUUUUGAACCCGAUAAUAGUAUACACUGCUCUCAGAAAAAAUAUGGGAAAUAUGAGUAGAUAAGUUCUGUAAAUAUACGUAGAUUAAUGAAAUGAAUUAUAUGAAAAAAACGCCAAUGAAAAAAAGACAAUUAAUGACAGUAACCAAAACAGAAAAGAUUUCCACUGUAGAUUUAGAGAACAAGGUGAAGUAUGUAUGUGUAUAUUUUGUUUACAAAUUACUGUACUGAGUGUAUGUCCAUAACCACUCUGUCACUAAGACUCAAGAUUGUGAUUGUUUUUUUAACUUUUUCACUAAUCCAAAGCAUCGUUGUUGUCAUCGUGGCUCUUGUUGUGUCUAAUCACUGUUCACCUCGCACUGUUUAUUGGGGCUGCACCAUAUGAGGAAAUCGUUGUUGAAUAUCAUGGUAGCGAUAUUACGUGUGAUAAAUUAACAGAUAUUAAAGUGUACUCAGUUUUCUACUGCUUUCAGUGAACUGUUAAAACACAAAGCACUUACUAGCUCACCUAGUAGAGCAGUUGCCCCGCGUACAAAGGCUUUGUACGUUCAAGUUCAAUUCCAAUCCGCGGUCUUUUGCUGCAUGUCGUCCCCCCUCUGUCUCCCCCUUUCACUCUGGAUCUGUCCUGUCUAAUAAAGGCAAAAUCCUGAAAAAAAUAUCUUAAAAACAAACGAAAUUAAAUUAUUUACAGCAUUCUUUUAUCGAACAAAUUGAACAUUGAACUCAACUCAAAAGAUGCCAGUAAGACACCAAUGAUUACAAGUUACAUUUUAAAGUGCGGUUUCCUUAUGAUAUACUCACUUUCAGCUGACUCAAAAAGAUCCCUUGGUGCAAUACCACAGUCUUUUUGCUAUGUGUCUAUGGAGCAAAAGAAAAUAUAAACAAUAAAACACUAUAUUUUGCAGCCCUACUGUUAGUCAUAGCAGGCACCCCUUGUCAUGUUAUGUAGUUGUCAACUGGUGAUUUUAAUACAAUGUUUGAUAAAUAGCUCACAGGUUUAGUUUGAAAGUGACUGGGUUGUAUUAUGGAAAAGAAGUACAGCUGUAGCCAUUUUAGGAACCCAUCUCACUUGUUUAACUCAGACCGCCAGGAAGUGUGCAGGGCUUUGAGGCCAGUUUUCUUAGUGGCCAAAAAGUGGCAUUGCGACUUCCAGGCUGUCACCAGAUGCCACUUGGUCCCAAAAGACUUUUCCCAUGCACUUACAUUGGAAAAGAGAUGUCUGUAAAUCGGUGGACACGUUUUGAGUGUCACAGCUCCCGCAAAAUGACUAAUUUCACAAAUUUUGGACUUGAGCCCGCUCUGUUGCACCUGUAAACACACCCACCAGUGAUGUCACAGUGCACUGACACACCCCGAAGUGCACUUCUACAUCACUUCAGAGAGGUGAACUGUUCGCCCACUGCAGGUCAGAAAACACAGCAUUUUAAGGUAGUGUCUGAGAGCCUAGCUACUAGCACACCUUCUGCUGUUUCUUGUGUCGUUCCAUGGUUUGCUUUUUCCGCUCCUGUGGAUAGUAACUGCAAAGAACUUACACUGAUAGUCUUAAGUAACGGGACAACUACUGUUAGCUACCCAGGAAAACAAAAGCGCUAACCUCUUCCCGUUUUGAUUGCGCAAUGAUUGACACACUUCCUUUGUGCUGUAUAUCGAGCCCUCAGUUUCUCGGGAGAUUGUACCAAGUGGCAGACAGACUUGCAUAGUGAAAGUGAGGCUUAUAGGCAAAAAAUCUAAAUGCUGAUACAACAGUUAGUAUGAUAUCUUACAAAUUAGCACCCCUACAAGUUAUGUUAGGUUUAGGAAGAGAAUCGUGGAUGGGUAUCACGUGAUAAUGUGACAUCAUGUACGUAUGUAACUUAAAAAACGUUGACUUUUGGUUUACACGGGACACAACCGGUAGUCUCUUGAGUCAAAGUCCUGUGUUUAUUUGACCCAUCCUUCCACCCCUACCUCCUUGCUAUGUGGAGUUAAACUCUCUUUACACUACGUUACCUGACUUCUUCCUUUGCUUCCACCAAGUGAGGGAUGAUAGCCUGCAGUGUAGAGGUCACAUGAUCACAGCCUCCUGGAUCAUGAUUACAUAGAUUAUAUACGAAUUAUAGUGCAUCACUUUUUGUAGGUAUAAGUAAGAGCAGUGAAUGAGAAGAGCCUGCAUUAUUCUACAGCCAUUACACUGUGCAAUUAGCACUUACUUUGUAAUGAUAAUAGCAAAAAACUUAUUUCCACUUUAAUAAUGGACUAAACAUGAUGUUGCAUCAACAUAUUUCCAGUGCAGUGAUAUUUGCUGCAUUUUAGGUUCCUAUAAUAAUAAUCAUAAUUUUGGGGGGGGGGGGGAGUGUUUGCAACAGUCCGUGAACUGAAAAAAAACCCCAUCCAUUUCAUUCCAUCAAUUUACAACAUUUUGCUCUCAUACGGGGAGAAAUUUCCAUCAUAUAAAGGGCAGAAGGGCCAAUUUCUCCACUGAGACUAACCUCAGAAGUCCUUGAUGCAUGCAUGUCUACCUGCAGGGCAUGUUGUGGUCUGAGUAAGGGGCAGGGAUGCAGUCAUCACUAACAGAAGCAGAAAUAGAUAAGGCACCUUGAGAAUAGCAAAAUUACACCUCGACUGUGUCACACAAUGGUGAAUGGUGAAAAAUUGUGGUCACACGUUUAUCAAACUGAGCUGCAUCUGUAAAUUACCACUCAAUCUGCAGCUGAUGGUGGACUGAUGCAGAUCGCCAGGGAUGUGUGUGACAUCUGCAGAGGUUGUCUGUAGUGCUUCUAUUGCUUGGCUCAGACCACAAACAAAAAGAAAUUACACACCAGGGACUCUGCAAGACCACGGUUAGCUGGCGACAAAUUAUACAUCAGUGUUAGAGGGAGAAAAAAGUGGUAGUAUUUGAAGUUUUUCUGCCCAUGCAGUAAUACUGUUAUCACCCCAGCUGCAGACGGAGAGCUGAGCGGCUUCACAUCGUCUCCCUUUUUAUCAUCUAUCAGACGAAUGGGGCCGAGGAUCCUCCCCUGUGAUGCUUUUGUUCAUUGAGUUCAGCUCGUUUUACCCCACAGAGAUCAAAACCACGGCUUCAUUUUAAAUUCUCAGGUUGAUCUCUGACGUGAUUAUUCUGUCCAGCUGGCUCUAUUGAUCCGCCAUGAAUCAGAUAUUUCUAUAGUGCCUUUUCCACUCAUUUUUCCCCUCUCACUACAGUGGUUUGGUGUUGUUGAUGUCCUGGGAUGGAGUUGCUGUAGAAGAUUAGAACAGAUUAGAUUUUAAAGAUGAAAAUCCUGUCCUGCAUGCUGUGAAUAAUAGAAAGUGGAGAAAUAAAUCUAUCACCUCCACAGCAGAGUUAUAGUAGCUGGAAGUGUUUUAUGCAGCCCUGUGCCCUUGUCCCAUUGCUGUAAUAGUUCAAGUAAUAUUUCAUUUCAUUUUAACACAAAUGGAGUCAACACUGCAUCCUUUAUUAGGGGUUUAAACAAACCUGGUCCAAAUAAAACUGCUUUGUAUGUUGGGUAAUUUUACCUGUAGAAAAAAACAUGAUAGUAGAAAGAAUGACAGCAGAUCCAAGUGAUGGAUGUGUUUGUUUACAUGGGUAAACUACUAUGUAGGAACCUAGUUUGCAUCUUAGAGGAAGAUGGGUGAGCCCCACUAAAGUCAGAACAUCCCGUCACCAAAUUAAAGCCUUAAAACAAAUUAUAACCAAUAUGAAAAGCAGAAGAGAGAUGUCACUGCGUCUUACUACAGUUUCCCUCUCCUCUCCUCUCCUCUCCUCUCCUCUUACAAGUAGCAGAGACGUCUGAUAUCUUUCAUUUAUGCUCAUUUGUUU